AUGAAGUUUGCUAAAGUAUUACAAUCUGAUUCUAAAUUAUUGGGUCGUAUAAAAAGAACGAGUUCGAAAGGACGCCUAGGUAUUAUUGAGGGUUCUUUAGCAGCACAAUCCUCAUCAUCAAAUCUGAAAAAAAAAUCGAGUCUUAUCAUCGACAAUGGAAAAUCACCUUUGGAACAACCUCCAAUGCAAUCAAUACAACCACAAUCUUCUUCAUUAUCAAGCCCGAAAAAAAAAUUAAAACUUAUCACAAAUGAUUUUCCAUCACCAAUAAUGCAAUCACCAAUACAGACUUAUCCAGCAUCAACUUCGAAAAGAAAAUUAAAUUUUAUCACCGAGAAGGAGGGAUGCUUCGAAUCUCCGACAGAAACCCUACAAAAGCUACAACAAUUUCCACUACGACAAGAUAAAUCGAUGCAACAAAACUUGAGAUCAAGGCCGUCAUAUAAUAAUGGACUCAUUAGAAAAUUUUCUGACAUGAUUACACCUACAAAACGCACUAACAAUGAUUUUUAUAAAUCAAAUAAAUUAAUUUCGGUUGAAACAUUAUUUGAUCAAGUAACAAAAGAAGAACAAGAUUUUUUCUUGGCUCUUGAAGAAGAAUUAUUAAAAAUUUGUGAGUUCUAUGAAAUAAAGGAAAAAGAAACACUUAAUCGUUGGGAAACUUUGAAAGAAUGUUACCAAGAUAUUCAAGAACAAAUUAAAAAAGCAUCUAAACAAAGAAAACAAGAAGCAAAAUGUAAAAGAGCAAUAAAAAAAGCCAUACUAGAAUUUUAUAGAGGUGCCGAAUUAUUAAGAAAUUAUCAGGUUUUGAAUAAGACUGGAUUUGCUAAAAUAUUAAAAAAAUAUGAUAAGCUCUCAUCGCUAAAUGGAGCUGAAGUAUACAUGCCAAGAGUUAUUGCGUGUAAUUUUAGCAAGUCUAAUGUUGUGAAUGAUUUAAUUAAAGAAGCCGAGAAUUUUUAUAUAGAUAAAUUUGAGGGAGGACUUAGAAGACAAGCAAUGAAAAAAUUAAGAUUGCCAAAUAAGCAAACUACUUAUCAUUCGGUGUCAUCGCGUGUUGGUAUGAAUAUUGGAUUGUCGAUACCGAUAUUGUUUAAAAGUUUAGCUUUAGCAAAAUCUAAUAGCAAUGAAUAUGAUGAUGAUACAUUGAGUAAACUGUUACUUAUAUAUUCUGGAUUUUUUUUAAUAAUAAUCUUUGCAUUAUUAAUUGGAACGAAUAUGCUUGUAUGGGAAAGAUCAAAAAUAAAUUAUAAAUUUAUUUUUGAAUUUGAUCCAAGAAAUAAUUUGGAUUUCAAAGAAUAUCUUGAGUUGCCAUCACUUAUGUUGCUGCUAUUAAGUUUAGCAAUGUAUGCAACGUUCUCAUCGGAUGUGAAAUUCAUACAUCAAGAAAAUUUUGUAUGGAUAUUAACUGUGGUAUUUAUUUCCAUAAUAUUCUGUCCAUUAAAAAUAUUACAUUACAAUUCUAGAAAAUGGAUGAUCAUUGUAUUGGUAUGGGAAAUUAAUGAUUACGCACUAGUAUAUCUGUUCUGUUCUCAUUGA